UCCAUUUCAUUCACCCGAUACUACUGCUUCUCACCGGUCAACUUAUCUUUUCCUCUUUUCUUCUCUUCUCUCCUUUUCUCCACCACCUCCUCCUUCUUCUAUCCUCACUUCUACUCGACCUCCUCCUUUUGGUCAGUGAUUCUUCCCUUUCUCAAUUCCCCCAAAAAUUAGGUUAAAAGUUGUCCGGGAAUUGACUAUCUCGCAGUUUCAUUAUGGCUAAGGUUGACCAAAAAGUUGUCCUCGUCGUCAUCGAUGGCUGGGGUGUUGCUGGCCCCGACUCCCGCAAGGAUGGUGAUGCUAUCCUCGCUGCGGAGACUCCCUUCAUGUCCGGUUUUGCCGAGGCCGAUUCCAAGACCGCCCAGGGCUACUCCGAGCUCGAUGCUUCGUCGCUUGCCGUCGGAUUGCCGGAGGGUCUCAUGGGUAACAGUGAAGUCGGCCAUCUGAACAUCGGCGCGGGACGUGUGGUCUGGCAGGACAGUGUCCGUAUUGACCAGACCCUCAAGAAGGGUGAGCUGAACAAGAUAGACAACGUCGUUGCAUCCUUCAAGCGUGCCAAGGAAGGCAAUGGUCGUCUUCACCUUCUGGGUCUGGUCUCCGACGGCGGUGUCCAUUCCAACAUCACCCACCUGAUCGGCCUGCUAAAGGUUGCCAAGGAGAUGGAGAUUCCCAAGGUCUUCAUCCACUUCUUCGGCGAUGGACGUGACACCGAGCCCAAGAGCGCUACCAAGUACAUGCAGCAGCUUCUUGAUCAGACCAAGGAAAUCGGCAUUGGUGAAAUUGCCACUGUUGUUGGACGCUACUGGGCCAUGGACCGCGAUAAGCGCUGGGACCGUGUCGAAAAAGCCAUGAAGGGCAUUGUCUCUGGAGAUGGCGAAGAGUCCUCCGACCCUGUGAAGACCAUCAACGAGCGCUACGAAAAAGAUGAGACCGACGAGUUCCUGACGCCCAUCAUCGUCGGUGGCGAGGAGAGACGGGUCAAGGACGAUGACACUCUUUUCUUCUUCAACUACCGAUCUGACCGUGUUCGUGAAAUCACCCAAUUGCUCGGUGACUACGACCGCACCCCUAAGCCCGACUUUCCUUACCCUAAGAACAUCCACAUCACCACUAUGACCCAGUAUAAGACCGACUACACAUUCCCUCUUGCUUUCCCCCCUCAGCACAUGGGUAACGUGCUCGCUGAAUGGCUCAGCAAGAAGGAUGUUCAACAAUGUCACGUUGCCGAGACUGAGAAAUACGCUCACGUUACUUUCUUCUUCAAUGGUGGUAUUGAGAAGCAGUUCGCUGGCGAGGUCCGCGACAUGAUCCCAUCCCCCAAGGUUGCGACCUACGACCUGGACCCCAAGAUGAGCGCUGAGGCCGUCGGUCAGAAGAUGGCCGACCGCAUUGGUGAGGGCAAGUUCGAGUUCGUCAUGAACAACUUCGCUCCUCCUGACAUGGUUGGCCACACUGGUAAGUAUGAAGCUGCCAUUCAGGGUGUUGCUGCUACCGACAAGGCCAUCGGUGCCAUUUAUGAAGCCUGCAAGAAGCAUGGCUAUGUACUCUUCAUCACUGCGGACCAUGGAAACGCCGAGGAAAUGCUUACCGAGAAGGGCACCCCCAAGACUUCUCACACCACCAACAAGGUUCCCUUCAUCAUGGCCAAUGCCCCUGAAGGCUGGAGCCUCAAGAAGGAGGGCGGCGUGCUUGGAGACGUCGCACCAACCGUUCUCGCUGCCAUGGGCAUCGAGCAGCCUGAGGAGAUGUCUGGACAGAAUCUCCUGGUUAAGGCUUAAACAUAUUUUAAUAUAUAGAUCGUCGUAACGCAUCAUCUAGAGACGAUUUGAGCGGGUUAUGAAUACAUGAAAGUUAUGGAGUUCAAAUGAUUGACAGUUCGAUGUAGCAUAAAUAGAAUUUAGAGGCUGUGGAAAUAAAUUCAUGUUAUCCUCUUAAAGCGCAUAAGGGUCAUAAAGCAUUAAUCCACUGCGUUAUGCAACACAAAGGCGCCCUAGGAACUACAUUGACUGUACAAUAAUGAAUGGCCUGACAGCGAAGCAGUACGGCUACUGCAAAGCAUCCAACCGUAUCUGUGGGUGAUAGAGAAUAUCGUAUUAUGACGAUUGCGUCAUUGCCAACUCAAAACAACAACACGUCCAUCUUGCGAUCUGCCAAGUGAUCAAAUAACCGAGUUCGUAAAAACCCCGACCCCAGUUUGUAGCCGUCCCUAACCGACGUAGUAUCAUCCUGGUCAAUGUCCACGGCCAUGGUGCGCAAGGUGACCUGUAACCCCAAAACCUGCAAAUGGGGCCACGCUCUAGCACACCAACUCCCCUUCCCGAAUGUGUGGGCUUGUUUCUGCGCUCUGAACUGAAAGUGCCGAAGACUCCAUUUUUGUGAACCGGGUCAAGUCUAUGUUCAAGCUCAAGCGGAGGCGGAUGCAGCUGCCGCUUGCUGUUGCAUUUGGCUCUGAUAUUGAAGCAUCUGUGAACAAGGAUCAGAAACAGCCCUAGU